GGAGAAGGGUGGCAGCUAAUGAAGAGGAACUGAAACUCGAAUUUCACCCGACAACCAGCUAGAGAAAAUGGGGUCUGUUGAUGAAUAUCAUAUCCAACAAAUAAUUGUCAACAUGCCAGAAAAGAUUGAACCUGCCCUGUGGCCUGAUCAGUGUUGUAUCUACAAUGUUCCUGCUAGUCUUUUUCAUGUGAAAGAAGAUGCCUAUACUCCUCUAUUGAUCUCAAUUGGCCCUAUCCACCAUAACAACCAAAAACUAAAGGAAAUGCAAAAGCAGAAACACAGAUAUUUUCUUUUCUUUUGGGAAAGCCUAGUGAACAAACAUGAUUUAGUGCACUAUAAAGCCUUCCUUGAACAAGAAGAGCAAAAAAUACGCCAUUGUUACCAAAAGAACUUCUCUGAAAUCAGUAAGGAAGAAUUUGUGGAAAUGAUACUGUUGGAUGCUGUGUUCAUCAUGGAGCUAUUUUUUAGGGAAAAAAAACUGAGGGAAACAAAACGAUGUGAACACAAGGAUGAUUAUAUAUUAACUCAACCAUGUGUUAGCAAAAGUAUCCAGUGUGACUUGUUGCUGCUUGAAAAUCAGCUUCCAAUGUUUGUGUUGGAAAAACUAUAUGGAACAGUUGUCCCAUGCAAUGUCAAGAAGCAUACCACAUUUGUUGAGCUUGCAUAUGAGUACUUCCAAUCUUGUUAUGCUCAUCAGGUAUCUUCAGAGAGAGAAUCUGAGCCAAAGAAGUGGGAGAACUCACUACAUUUCACUGAUCUUGUUAGAUAUUCCUAUCUCCCCAUUGAACUGAGCUAUGACAGUGACAGUGAUAAAAACAAGCAAACUUGUUUUCUAAGAACAGCAACAAAGUUGAAUGAGGCUGGGAUAAGCUUUGAGAAGGAUGAUAAUAGACGCUUGCUUGACAUAAAGUUUGAGAAGAAGCCAUUCUUAAGCUUGUUUCUUUGCUUGGGAUGCUUGCCACACUCCAAGUGUUUCAAAGCUCGAUUUCUAUUCCCCAUUUUAAAAGUAGACCACAGAACAGAACGUGUUCUUAGGAACCUAAUAGCACUUGAGCAGUGUCACUAUCCUGAGGAGCCUUACAUUUGCAACUAUGUUUCUCUAAUUGAUUCUCUUAUUCAUACCAAAGAUGAUGCAGAGUUGCUGGUUGAGAAAGAAGCUAUUGUCCAUGAACUGGGAAGUGAUAAGGAAUUGGCAAAUCUGGUUAACAAUCUUUGCAAACAUGUGGUGACAAAUUCAAACUGUUACCACCAAAUUAUGAAAGAUAUUGAUGAACACUACAACAACAAAUGGAAAUGGGCAAUGGGUACAUUCAGGUGGGUGUACUUCCGUGACCCUUGGAGAAGCAGUUCUACUGUAGUGGGGAUUGCUGUUCUAAUAUUCACCAUCUUCAACUUUUGUCGUGUAAUUCAGCUUAUAUUUUAGUUAUUUCGGAAUUAUUUAUUGAAUCACCU